AUGAAGCCUUCACAAUCCCUCGCAGCCCUGGCGGCAUGCGCUCAACUUGGAUACGCACUCAACCUCGACGUCUCAUCACCAGACUCUAUUCGUACCGCAGCAUCAACACUCGCACAUGGGCUUAUGAGCUACUACGAGAACAACAAGACAGAUACACCAGCAGCUUCAAUCGGAACACUGCCGUAUCCAUUGUACUGGUGGGAGGCUGGAGCUGUCUGGGGUGGUCUCAUUGACUACUGGGCUUACACGAAAGACGCAAGCUUCAACAAUGUUGUCAUGCAAGCCAUGAUGGCUCAGAAGGGCACAGAGAACAACUACCUGCCCGAGGCCUACUACAGCAGCAUGGGAAACGAUGAUCAAGCCUUCUGGGCCUUCGCCGCCCUCUCAGCCCUCGAGUAUGGGUUCCCUGCCCCGUCGGAGGGCUCACUGUCUUGGGAGACCCUCGCUGUGAACGCCUUUGACUCAAUGGCCCCACGCUGGGACACUACAACAUGUAACGGUGGAUUGAGAUGGCAGGUCUUCCAGUCCAACGCUGGCUGGAACUACAAAAACUCGGUCUCGAACGGAGGCUUCUUCCAGAUGGCCGCUCGUCUUGCACGCUACACCGGCAACAGCACAUACUACGAUUGGGCCGAGCGUAUCUGGGAUUGGACUGUUGCGACCGGGCUGAUUGACGACAGCUACCGUGUCUAUGAUGGUGCCGAUGCAACCAACAACUGCCAAACCGUAGACCAGCUUCAGUGGACCUACAACCCGGGAAUCUUCAUCUACGGCACUGCAAUGCUGUACAACUACACCAACGGCAGUUCCACCUGGGAGACCCGUCUGACCGGACUGAUCGAGCAAGCCGACCAGUCAUUCUUCCAAACCUUUGACAAUGCAUCCAAUGUCAUGGUCGAGGCAGCCUGUGAACCGUACAGCACAUGCAACACCGAUCAGUUUUCAUUCAAAGCUUACAUGGCUCGCUUCCUUGCGAAAGCAAUGGUCGUCGCUCCUUACACCAGAACAGCCAUUCAACCUCUCCUGACUACUUCUGCUCAAAGAGCUGCAGAUGCCUGUUCAGGACCCAGUGAUGGCGUCACUUGCGGCCAGAAAUGGUACACAGGGUUCGAUGGAAAGUAUGGCAUCGGACAGGAGCUCUCAGCCCUAGAAGUCACCCAGGCUCUUCUGAUCGAUCAAGCACCAGGAUUGCAGAUCCAGGGCGACGUCGCAAUCGAGCCAGCCACCACUACGAGCACACUUGAACCCACAGUCAGUGUUGGGCCACCAAGUGUGUCUGGCAUCUCCAGCACAUCCGCCGUGGGCAGCACAGGUACCAUGGCGGGUACAUCCUCUACAACCAGUACGUCCUCCGAAAUCAGCACAUCUCUUUUAGCCACGCCGUCUUCUACGACGAGUGCAUCGGCCGAGUCUAGUGCGUCAGCCGAGUUCAGUAUGUCAACCGAGUACAGUGUGUCGGUCAGGACCAGCACAUCUGCCAGGAUCUCAUCUGGCUCGUCAGGCUCAUCUGGCUCCCCCAUUCCUUCCACCUCACCCGCCUCGCGCGCUUCAUCUACCUCAAGCGCCCCAUCUAACUCAUUAGUAGAACCUUCGAGCGCAUCGGCCUCGAGCACAGGUGCUGGUGUUAUGAACACUGCUGUUCCACGCGCCGGCGCCUUGGCCGCAGUAGGUGCUUGGAUCGGAGCCGCAAUCUUGCUGUAG